GUUCGAUUGAUGCAGAAGACCACAUUCUUUCAAAGAGAAAGUUUUCAUCUCACAAGUUCGGAACGGAGGGUCCGCGGGAAAACAUGGCCGAAGGAGGGGCGGGUAAGGGUGGCGAAGAAGACCCUGGGAAGUCGCCCGAGCAGGAAGAGGGGGUACUGCCCCAGGUUCUGCACGGAGCGGGCCACUGCAAAUGGUUCAAUGUGCGGAUGGGGUUCGGAUUUAUAUCAAUGACCAGCCGCGGGGGAAGUCCGGUUGACCCCCCUUUGGAUGUGUUCGUACACCAAAGUAAGCUUUUCAUGGAGGGGUUCCGCAGUCUGAAAGAGGGGGAGCCUGUGGAGUUUACCUUUAAGAAGUCCUCCAAGGGCCUGGAGUCUCUUCGGGUAACGGGCCCCGGGGGCGGCCCCUGCGCCGGGAGCGAGAGGAGACCGAAAGGGAAGACCGUGCUGCAGAAACGAAAACCAAAGGGAGACCGAUGCUACAACUGUGGUGGCCUGGACCACCAUGCCAAGGAGUGCAGCCUACCACCGCAGCCAAAGAAAUGCCAUUACUGCCAGAGUAUUGCCCACAUGGUGGCGCACUGCCCCCACAAGACUCUCACCCCUCCUCCACCCUCCUGCAGCUCUCAGGGAAGACUAGGCACAGACCUACAGGCCUCUACCUCCGCCUCCGCCCUCCCCCCUUACCCACAGGAUCCCAGGGAUGUGCAUGGACGCUCAUCACAGGAAGUCUCCCCGAACAGCAAGGCGUCCGGCUCCCCGGAAGAUCCUGCACGGAAAGGGCCUUCGGUCCAGAAGAGGAAAAAGACCUGA